GCCCAGUCAUAUAAAACUGCAAAGACUCUGCCAUCCCUUUCAAGCGGGGAUUCUACACAAGUUAAGGCAAGACUUGACAGUAAAAACCAGCAGUAAAAACCAGUAUAAAACCGGAGUAAACUCCACUUUGUAACUGGUGGGGAAAACUCACUGAAGAUUCAGCAUCAAGAUGGAUAGAAAACCAGCCAAAAAGUCUGUUAAACAACUAAAAGCGGAAAGGACAUCAGCAAAAAGAUCCUUCACCCGUCUAGCUAACAACAUAACCAGACAGCUUCAGGACAUGUCCGAGAAAGAGCUUGAGGAGAAUUUUAAUAAAAUUUCCCUAGAAGCUGAAAAAGUUAUGACUGCAAACGACGAGGUUGGUGCUGGACUUCUUGCAGAAACAGAAGAUGGACUGGAUGAAGAUGAACCUGAAUUGACCUCUGAUCAACAAGCAGACCUAGAUGAAGCGACAAAAGACUGUGAGGAAAGACUGAAGCAGGUCAAAACAUCCAUCCAAGAAACUUUGUGGAGGAUGUAUGGAAAAGCUGAACUAGGAACUGAAAUCCAAGUAGCAGAGGACCAAAGUACAUAUGCUACCACCAUAAAGCCCGAGGCGGGGAAGGCUGCAAAUGAUUUCAUCCUCAGUCACUUACAAAUGCUUUUGAAAUCUGCAAAGGAAGCAUAUUCUCGAUGGAGAAGAUGGAUCCCUCGUGAUGUUCAAGAGGAGCUUCAGAUACGAUUAAGAGACCUGGACCUCAUACUCCCAAAAUUGGUUUCACGAACUGCAGAAUUUAUUCAAAUGGAAUCAAAGGAUGAUGAAGGAAAAGAUGGUCAAAUGAUGAAUUUUCCAAAUCAACCUCUGCUAAUCAUCAGAUUAAAACCAACGUCUCUCCCCAAGUUCACAGGAAAUAAACGUGACUUCUGUCGAUGGAGGAAGGACUGGGAGGCACUGCAAAAACAAGGAGAACCAACAGGUUCAAAAGAAGUAAAGAAAGCACAACUACUUGAUAGCAUUAGUGAAAAACUGUCUAAGGACCUGCGUCUCAAUUCCUACAAUACAUCUGAUGAUAUUUUCCGUGUCCUUGAGAACCGGUUUGGGAACCGGACAGCCAUCAUCAUUGAAAUAGUUGAGGAGCUACAGAGAAUCCCCACAGUGAGAGGUCACCAACCAAGACGCAUCGUUGAGUUGAUCCAGGCUGUAGAGAAGGCACUUGAAGAUCUGAGUGACCUUGGGGACACUGGAGCAAUAAAAAACCCUCUUGUGACCAAAUCAAUAGAAACAAAACUUGUGGAAAGUUUGAAAAAGGAAUGGCUUGUUUAUGCAGCUGACAAAAAGAACUCUGUAGCAUCGGCAAAUCCAUUCGACAAUCUGUUGGCAUUUCUGAAAAAACAAGAGGACAUCUAUGAGCAACUAGAACAACUCGAACAAUUAAAGGAAGAGGAGCCAAGUAGAAAAGGAGUCAGGUCAGAACCAAGACUUGCCAGGACAAAGUCAGCUGCAUCGGAAGGCGACUCCGUUGGUUGCGUUGUUUGUGGAGAUCCAAAACAUAAACGAAGACUUUACUUCCGUAAGAAAUUCCAAACACUAACGCUAGCGCAGAAGAAGGAUGCUUUGAGGAAAACUGGAGCAUGCAUGAAAUGUAUGGAGGUUCAUGACAAAAGACAGUACUGCAAACCAACCUACUUGUGCCGAAAUCAAAGCUGUAAAGGUGAAGAAAAUCCUGAUCACCAUUAUUAUCUGUGUCCACAUGCUGAAAGGAGUAAUUCAACUCAAAGAAAAAACAGAUUUGUAGCAGAAGAAAGUGAUUCCAUGAGAAAGUAUGCUGAAGACCAGGAAGAAUUUCUCAGGAGGCUUUCACCUGAAUUAGCAGAACACUGUAAAAAUGUGUUUACUAAUGCUGUUACUAAAACUUGUGGAAUUCAGAAGGCUAAAAAAGACCAGUCUAAUCUCUUAAUGGGAAGUGGACUUGAAGAGGCACCAGUGCUCAUGAUGAUUCUGGAAGUGACCGCAAAUGAUGGGCAAAGGAUUGGAAUGCUGAUUGAUUUAGCCUCUGAUACCAAUUAUAUCACCCAUAAAGCGGCAAGAAAAUUAAACCUCUGCAGUGAGGAAAUUGCACUUGUGGUGCACGGAGUGGGCGGCAUGAAAAUCCAUGUUAAGACUAGAUGCUACCUCCUCAAAAUUCGUGUAAUGACCCAGAGAGGAGUAAUAAAGUCACACCAAUUGGUUUGUUAUGGACUUGAUGACAUUGCAACCAUUCACAAACAUGUUACAGCAGAGCAACUCCAACAAAUCUUCCCAGAUGUAUCUUUGGAGGAAUUAAAUCGACCAAAUGAAAUUAACUUGCUCAUCAGCCACAGGGAAGGGAAGUUGGCCCCUCAAAGGAAAAGAGUUGUGGGGGACCUUGUUUUGUGGGAUGGACCCUUGGGCAAGGCGGUCGGCGGGACCCAUCCAGAACUUUUUGAGGGGAUAACCAUGACUGCUUGUUACGGAAUGGACAUAUUGUUGUUGUUUAAGAAGUGCUACUGCCACCUAGUGGUAACUAAGCAGAAUGUUCCCUUUUUUUGUAGAGGAAGUGGUCUACAGGAAGUAGUGUGUUCUUUUAGCUGCUGAAGUGACAGGAUUUGUAAUCUGAUGACAAUCUUUGCAAUCCUGGUGUUAAAGUCCACAAUAUCGGCUUCAUCCUUUUACAGAAAAAGAGAGAAUUUAUUUUCAUCAUUAAAUCCUGCCAAACACAACAAGCGGCCUGUUUCUUGGAGGAGGAAGUGCUGGGAAUAAAGGAAUGUUAAGCUAGCUGUAUAACUGAAAUUGCGUUGCCUGCAACAAACUUUAGUGAGGACAGCAUACUGCUCAUAUGACAAAGACACACUUCGCAAGGUCAAUGAGGACA